CGUACGCGCGCGCCAUUGGCUCACCAGCAGCCGGAGUGUCAGUGUGCAGACGGGCUCGAGUCGGAGCAUCCGGGCCAAGUUGCGCAGAGAUGCAGCGUACAUAGACGCAACACGCGGGCACACCACCGCGGCUCUUCCCAGAUAUCAUGGUUAAAACACCGUUAAGAUAGGUUGUUGUGGGUUUUAUUUAUUUUUUUAAUGGCGGCGCUGAAGUCGAGGUGAUCCGCUCGCCAGCGGGAGUAUAGUGCGCACUCCUUUUUUUUUUUUUUUUUUUUUGCCGGGGCUAGUAGCCAACGCAGAUAAAUCCGCUCUAUUAUUAUUUUUUCUUUUUCUUCUACCUGCUAUUGCAUAAGGAAUCAUGACAACGGGACAGGAUGAAAGCUCUGUCCGUGUGGCAUUGAGGAUUCGUCCUCAGCUGGCCAGGGAGAAGAUUGAGGGAUGUCACAUCUGUACGUAUGUGAUGCCUGGAGAGCCCCAGGUGAUCCUGGGGAAAGACAAGGCCUUCACCUAUGACUUUGUGUUUGAUAUGGACUCGCAGCAGGAGACCAUCUACGGUACCUGCACAGAGAAGCUGAUCGAAGGCUGUUUCGAGGGCUACAAUGCCACUGUGUUUGCAUAUGGACAGACUGGUUCAGGGAAGACGUACACCAUGGGGACUGGCUUCGAUGUCAACAUAGCAGAUGAAGAGCUGGGUAUCAUCCCCCGUGCUGUCCACCACCUCUUCAAGGGCAUUGAAGAGCGCCGGCGGACCGCCCAGGAGCAGGGACGUCCUGUACCAGAGUUUAAAAUCAACGCACAGUUCCUCGAGCUUUACAACGAGGAAGUUCUGGACCUCUUUGACUCAACUCGAGACAUGAAGCAGAAAUCUCACAUUAAAAUCCAUGAAGAUGCCAACGGAGGAAUCUACACAGUGGGAGUGACCACACGGACGGUGUCCUCCGAGGCUGAGAUGAUGCAGUGCCUGAAACUGGGGGCUCUGUCUCGCACCACAGCCAGCACUCAGAUGAACGUCCAAAGCUCCCGAUCUCAUGCCAUCUUCACCAUCCACCUGUGCCAAGUCCGCGUCUGUGCCUCUGACAAUCAAGAAAAUGACACUGAUAAUCGAGUCACCAACGGUAACUCUGAGAUGGACGAGUAUGAGACACUGACGGCCAAGUUUCACUUUGUGGACUUGGCCGGUUCGGAGCGGCUGAAAAGAACUGGAGCGACGGGUGAUCGAGCCAAAGAGGGCAUCUCCAUUAACUGUGGACUGCUUGCCCUGGGGAAUGUAAUCAGUGCUCUGGGUGACCGGAGCAAGCGGGCCUCACAUGUGCCUUACAGAGACUCCAAACUCACCCGACUCCUGCAGGACUCAUUAGGAGGAAACAGCCAAACAGUGAUGAUUGCAUGCAUCAGUCCAUCUGACCGUGACUUCAUGGAAACUUUGAACACAUUAAAGUACGCGAACAGAGCCCGGAACAUCAAGAACAAGGUGAUGGUGAACCAAGACAAGGCCAGCCAGCAGAUCAGCGCUCUGAGGACGGAAAUAGCUCGACUGCAGAUGGAGCUCAUGGAGUACAAGACGGGUAAACGUUUGGUGGGUGAGGACGGUGUGGAAAGCUUGAGUGACAUGUUCCACGAAAACUCCAUGCUGCAGACGGAGAACAGCAACCUGAGGGUGAGGGUGAAGGCCAUGCAGGAGACCAUCGAUGCCCAGCGGGCACGACUCACCCAGCUGCUCAGUGACCAGGCCAACCAGACCCUCGCCCGUGCAGGUGAAGGAGGCACAGAGGAAAUUGGAAACAUGAUUCAGAGUUACAUUAAAGAAAUUGAAGACCUUCGGGCAAAACUCCUGGAGAGCGAGGCUGUCAGUGAGAAUUUGAGGAAGAAUCUGUCCCGUGCCUCCAACCGUCAGUCGUUCUAUGGAGGGUCCAGCUCCUUUUCCUCCACUCUUCUGGCCCCCGAGAAGGAGACUGCUGACAUUAUCGAACUCGCUAAGAAAGAUCUGGAGAAACUGAAGAAACGAGAAAAGAAGAAGAAGAAAAGACUCCAGCUGCUGUUGGAGGAGAGAGAGAGGGAGGAAAGGGAGGAGGUGGUGGUGGAAGAGGUUGAGGAUGCCAGCGUCAACAAAGAAGAAGUUCCUGACAAUGAGCAAGAAAAGGGUGCAGAGAAGGAAAUGACAGAGAGGGCCAGUGAGGACACGGAAAUGGAGGUCCAGGAGGGCAGUGACCAUGAGGAGGGAGAAGGAGAGGAAGAGGAAGAAGAGGAGGAGGAAGAGAUGGAUGUAGAGGAGAGCUCUGAUGACUCUGACUCGGAGUCAGAUGAAAAAGAGAAUUACCAGGCAGAUCUGGCCAACAUCACCUGUGAGAUUGCCAUUAAGCAGAAGCUGAUUGACGAACUGGAGAACAGCCAGCGGCGUCUACACACACUGAAACAGCAGUACGAACAGAAGCUGAUGAUGCUGCAGUGCAAGAUCCGAGACACCCAGCUGGAGAGGGACCGCGUCCUCCAAAACAUGAGUUCAGUAGAAACUGGUACAGAGGAUAAGGCUCGCAAAAUCAAGGCUGAAUAUGAGAAGAAGCUGAGCAUCAUGAACAAGGAGCUUCAAAAGCUCCAGUCGGCCCAGAAGGAGCAUGCCCGCCUACUCAAGAACCAAUCACAGUACGAGAAACAGCUGAAGAAGCUUCAGAUGGAUGUGGCAGAAAUGAAGAGGACUAAGGUCCGUCUUAUGAAGCAGAUGAAGGAGCAACAGGAGAAGAACAGGAUGAACGAGUCUCGCAGAAACCGAGAAAUAGCUUCUUUGAAGAAGGACCAGCGCAAGCAGGAGCAUCAGCUGAAGUUAUUGGAAGCUCAGAAAAGACAGCAGGAGCUUAUUCUGAGGAGGAAGACUGAGGAGGUGACAGCUCUGAGGAGGCAGGUCAGGCCUACCUCGGGUAAGGUGAUCCGAAAGGUCAAUCUUCCAGAACCAGUCCAGGACUCCUCACACAGACCCCCCUCUGGACGCAUGUACUCCUCCAGCAACAGUGCUCCCAAUGGCACUUGGUCUUCUUACAGGCGCACAGGAAGUGUUUACAGCACCAGAAUGGCUCGCAACAAAUGGCAGUCCCUGGAGCGGCGUAUCUCUGAUGUCAUCAUGCAGAGGAUGACCAUCUCUAAUAUGGAAACCGACAUGAACCGCCUUCUCAAGCAAAGGGAGGAGCUCACCAAGCGCAAGGAGAAGGUCCUCAGGAAGAGGGACCGGCUGCUGAGAGAGGGGCCAGAGGCAGAGAAGACUGUUCUUCCCAUCAAUGAGGAAGUGGAAGCAUUGACAGCCAACAUUGACUAUAUUAAUGACAGUAUUGCAGAUUGUCAGGCCAACAUCAUGCAGAUGGAGGAAACCAAGGAGGAGGGUGAUACUGUGGACGUCUCUGCUGUGAUUGGUUCCUGUACACUGACAGAGGCUCGUUUUCUCCUGGAUCACUUCAUGUCAAUGGCAAUUAACAAGGGCCUGCAGGCAGCUCAGAGGGAGUCUCAGGUGAAGGUGAUGGAGGGCAGAUUGAAGCAGACUGAAAUUACCAGCGCCACACAGAACCAGCUGCUCUUUCACAUGCUGAAGGAGAAAGCAGAGUUUAACCCAGAGCUGGACGCGCUGCUGGGGAAUGCUUUGCAAGAGCUAGGUAACAUCCCGCCUGAAAACGGGGACGAUAGCAGCAGUGAUGAAUCUGCCCAGAGCCCCUCUGCAGAGGGAAACACUCUGGCUACAGAUUUCAUGAAACUUUGUGGAGAGACCAAAACAAGGAAUAAGGCUCGCAGGAGGACGACCACUCAGAUGGAGUUGCUCUACGCUAACAGUGACUCUGCCCCUGAUGCACCUACUGUCGACUUUUCUAGUCCGAUGUUGCCGUUAGCUGAAACACCCGAUGCGGGCGGAGACAUGGACUUGUCAGGCUCAGUCAGGGACUACGCAGCUCUCUCCCCUGGCUUUUCCUCUAAAAUGGGCAGCAUUUCUGGCUCCAGAAAUCUGCUAGGCGUGGAAAAGCGAGCUCCUGAGCCUUCCCCGCUCUCGCGCAGGAAGACCUAUGACAAGGCACAAGCAGCGGCUGAAAGGGCAAAGGUCAAGGACAUUAAACAGGGCGUCAUUAACCCGGUCCCACCCACCAAGAGCAGCCGGUCAUCGACAUUACAGUGUGUUCAUGUGGCGGAGGGACACAGUAAAGCUGUUUUAUGUGUUGACUGCACUGACGACCUGCUGUUCACAGGAUCCAAAGACCGGACCUGUAAGGUGUGGAAUCUGGUGACGGGUCAGGAGAUAAUGUCUCUAGCGGGUCACCCCAACAAUGUGGUGUCAGUCCGUUAUAGCUCUAGUUUGGUCUUUACUGUCUCUACCUCCUACAUCAAAGUCUGGGACAUUCGGGACUCGGCCAAAUGCAUCCGCACACUAACGUCUUCUGGUCAAGUUAAUGUUGGGGAUGCCUGUGCAUCCAACACCAGCCGGACAGUCACCAUCCCUGCAGGAGAGAAUCAGAUCAACCAGAUUGCGCUCAACCCCAACGGCACAGUCCUGUACGCUGCUGCUGGAAACUCUGUCAGGGUCUGGGACCUGAGAAGGUUUGCCUCUACUGGAAAGCUUACUGGUCACCUUGGUCCAGUUAUGUGCUUGACUGUGGAUCGGUCUGGAAACAGCCAAGACCUGGUUAUCACUGGGUCCAAGGACCAUUACAUUAAGCUGUUUGACGUGACUGAAGGCUCUCUGGGAAGCAUCAGCCCUACACACAACUUUGAACCACCACAUUAUGACGGUAUCGAGUCUCUGGUAAUCCAAGGGGACAUUUUCUUCAGCGGCUCCCGAGACAAUGGCAUCAAAAAGUGGGACCUAGACCGUAAAGAUCUACUGCAGCAAGUCCCAAAUGCUCACCGUGACUGGGUUUGUGCACUUGGUGUCGUCCCUGGAUCACCAGCCUUGCUGAGUGGAUGCAGAGGCGGGGUGCUCAAGCUGUGGCACACAGACACUCUAGGGACACUGGGAGAGCUCAAGGGUCACGAGAGCCCCAUCAACAGCAUCUCUGCCAACAGCAGCCACCUGUUCACCGCCUCCGAUGAUCGGACUGUGAAGAUCUGGCGUGCACGUGGUGGACUGGACGGCACCUUGGAAGUGGUUGACAGUGUAGACGAGGUUGCAAGUAACUGAACACGGUACCACUUGCCUGGUUUGACUCUAGAAGGAUGUAAAGGCACUCCUGCCCUGCACUUUGACCCCUUAACUAUCAAGCCUAAACGACACACCUUCCAUAUCAUGUGACGUUCAUGACUGAGCCGACAGGAAACGGUAAUCUCAUCACAGUGGAAGCUAACGCAUUAAUUCUUUUCUUUGACUCUGUAUGCUUAGAGGAUUUUGCUAAUCAGAUUUAGUUCUAUACUUCUAUUUCUCUCUUCUUGCGCUGUAGACGGUUUGUCAUUAUUGUCGUCAUUAUAAGAACUUAUAUUCACAAGAUACUAUAGGAUGUGGUGAACACACAGUAGAAACUAUCAGUGCAGCUCGGCUUACAUGCAGCACAGUGCAACAAUACAACACAGGCAACCCUGCCAAAAAAGGAUGUGGUGUUUUGUUGUAAGAGUACAGAAAUACAUACGUGCAGCAGAGCUAAUGGGUUGGUAGCUGGUCUUCACAACCCACUUCUCCACUUUGUUGAGAUUGUUUCCUCACUUGAAACAGAAGUGUUAUUCCAUCACUCCUGUUUCCAAGAGCAAGAAAAGUGGCUGUGUGUGAGAAAGAAAUCAUUCUACCCCUUAACAUCCUACUCUUGCUUCUGUGCUCCCUUCAGUUUCUGCAGCAGCUUUAGAUCAGUGACCAAAAAUGUGUAACGUGUUGUUAUUGCUGUCCUCAGCUGGACUUGUAAACAGAACACACUUUAUAGUAGCUAAAGUUUGACAUUUAGGGAAAUAAGCUCACUUGCUUUAUACACUGCAUGUCUUUUGACUGUGGGAGGAAUCCAGAGUACCCAGGACCCUUCUGCUCAGAGGCAGCAGAAGGGUCCUGGGUUUUCAGGUACAACCCAGAGCUUGAAUGGCAGUUUAGUGAAGGAGUCUUCAGUGUCAAGUCAAGAAGCAUGAUCAUCAUUACCCUUCAGUCAUAAAAGGCGGAUGGGGUACUGUUGUCACCCUGUCAGAGGGGCACCAUGGACAGCCAUUAUAACUUCAGAACAAGAUGACAUAGCAUUUCAAAUUGAUACCAUAGGUGUAGCUACUAAAAAUCUCAGAUGAUUUGAAAUCUAGUUGCCAAGGAUUUUGAAAUUUAUACAAUAGGUGCAUCUACUAGAAGUCUGUAGGGUAACUUUAUUCUGCAUUCACUGGGCUGUGCGCUCCAAGAAUUCAUCUUCUGGGGGUCAGGCUGUGCAUCCUGACGGGUCUGAGGAACAAGACUGAGUAGAAACGAACCAAACUUAAAGAAUCUUUGCUCACCAACUCAACAACUCCCAUACUCACAAGGUUUAAAACUUAUAAUGCUAAGAUUUUGACAUAGUGGAGGCAGUGCAUCACAGGUGUGCAAGUGGUCAGGAAAGGUUUUAUAAUAAUGACAGCCAUUUGAAGACCUAUGAGGGACAAUUGAGCAAAUACAGUAAAAAUCUUGAAUUUAUCUGGUAAGUGGUACAGUGGUUAACACAGGCCCCUCACAGGAAUCUGGAAGCUGACUGAGGCCUCUGUGUUCCUGUUCCUGUGUGGAUUGUUUCUGGGUUUCUGCACCCUCCCACAACUUAAAGACAUGCACGAUGAAUGAAAUUGGGAUUCUAAAUUUUCCAAAGGCAUAAAUGUGAGAAAACUAAUUGAUGAAAAAUCUGUCCAGUGCAGUUUUUGUUUUUUAAUGGGUGGAACUUUAUCAUAGGAUCUCAUAUACCUUUAACCGCUGAGCACAUGUAAAAAAACCAAACAAAAAUCAACACAAUUAGUCUCUGAGAUUCACUUAAUCCUUAAAUGUGAGCAGGUUGAGCACCGAUGAAAGUCUGCACUUGUUGUCCAUGUUUCAUUGUGUGUACAAAUAUAUCUUCACUCUUCACACAUGCUGGUAACACUCACUUAACCUACACUGCUAAGUUGUGGUCUAAUUCCCAUGCUGCUAAGACACGUUCACCUUCUCAACCCUAUAAGAGGGCUUCUUGUCGUGGGCUCCAGGUGAGGUCCACUCAGUACCGUAGUUGUGUAUGUGUGUAUAUAAGUGUAACGGUAUCUCUUUGCUGUUGAGAGGAGAGGCCUUCUGACGCAACCAGUGUUAUUUUCCUGACUAUUGACUCAACAUCUGUCUCUGUUCUGAUCUUACUGGGGCCUUCCUGGAGGCACUCGUGGUCUCUGCAGUUUAACUGACCUGCCUGUCAUGAUUGUGUGCUGUCAUUUAUGAAUGUUUGGUGAAACAGCAGCUGUAGGAAUUAUUCAACUACAUAUGAAAUGUAUGUAAACAAUGUCUGUUCAAAACAAAAAACUAAUCUGACUGAAUGUUAGUUUUGUGGGACCACCGAUCUGAACGUAGUCUCACACUAGAGCCCAGAGGACCGUGAAUGGCACAAAGACUGACGAGUACAUCAGUAAUGCUUUGGACUGAGCUUUUCCUUCAGACAGGUGGCAGGUCACGUUUAGUGGCCUUUGGUUAGUUUCUUUUCUUUGUUUUGUUUGUUAUGCCCUUCUUCUUCCAUGUACCCAUGGCGCGCCCCCUCCUGUUUUAGGAGCCAUUCCCCAAUGGCGGACUCUGUAGCGAUUCUAAUGUCAGAUGCCUGGUCAGAAUAAAUGCCAUCUGUCAAAAACAA